UGCCCGCCCGAGGAAGGGUGUCGGACCUGUAAUGCUCGUGAGCCUGUUUCUGGAGAGCCCUGCGACUUCCUUCGAGGUUCUGUGCUGAUGCUGCCUGCAGCGAUAGUAGGAGCUGUCCAAGGAGGCCAGAACACGACAGCAAUUCACAGUGGUAAAACGAUACAUGUUCACCUGAAGUGAAAAGGAGCAUGUUCGCAAAUUCCUCCAACUUGGGUUGUCCACCCUUCCAUCCAAAACAUCAACAACAGAAUAUUGUUUUCAACAAGCUUCCUAUAAAUAUACCACCUACUCUUCUCUCUAACCAGCAAAUUAUUGAUGCUCAGAUCAACUUUCAGAAUGCUGCUCUUUCCAGGGCUCUGUUGGGUUGGAACCUUGCAACUGCUGUUACACCACAGACAUUGACUUAUGGAAAUGGCAGUCCAGUACAUACAUCUUCUGCUCCUGUGUCAUUCCGAGGAAGAAAGAGACAAAGUGAGCAAAGUGUUCGAUAUAAUGUCAAACGACAGCGGUUUGAUUCACCUCAUCGUGAAACAACUGUAGUUAACCAAGCAGUGCCUUUACCAGAAGAACAUACGUACUCCUUUCCAAGCUCAACUUCAUCUCCACUUAACACACGUUACGUACCAGAUUUAAGUGUAUGUGUCCCUCCCUUGCAAGAUUCUUCGUUUCUAUAUGUUACAGAAACCACACUUCCUGAGGCCAAAGAUAAGUUAAGUCAGCAGGUAUUGGAGUUGUUUCAAGUAUGUCAGCAACAGACCUGUGAUUUGAACAAAAAAGAGCUCUGCAGAAUAGAACUCCAGAGGGAAAUUCAGCGAAUUUUUCCACAGAGUAGACUCUUUCUGGUUGGGUCGUCACUGAAUGGAUUUGGCACUCGUAGCAGCGAUGGUGACUUAUGCUUGGUGGUUAAAGAUGAACCAGUAAAUCAGAAGACAGAAGCGAGGCAUGUGCUCAGCUUAGUCCUAAAACUCUUCAGUACUAAACUUUCAUGCUACAUUGAACGACCUCAGCUUAUUCGAGCAAAAGUGCCAAUAGUGAAGUUCAGGGAUAAAGUCAGCUGCGUGGAGUUUGACUUGAAUGUAAACAAUUUUGUAGGAAUAAGAAAUACAUUCCUUCUGAGAACCUAUGCAUACAUUGAGAAAAGAGUUCGUCCAUUAGUACUGGUUGUUAAGAAGUGGGCGAGUUUUCAUGACAUAAAUGAUGCCAGUCGUGGUACUUUAAACAGCUACAGUCUUGUGUUGAUGGUUUUGCACUAUUUACAGACCCUACCUGAACCCAUCCUUCCAUCUCUCCAAAAAAAUUACCCAGAAUCUUUUGAUCCUACUAUGCAGCUGCAUCUCAUUCAUCAAGUUCCGUGUACCAUUCCUCCUUACCUCUCAAAUAAUGAAUCAAGCCUUGGAGAUCUGCUAAUAGGCUUCUUCAAAUAUUAUGCCACAGAAUUUGACUGGAACCAUCAAAUGAUUUCAGUUCGUGAGGCCAAAGCUAUUCCAAGACCUGAUGGUAUUGCAUGGAGAAACAAAUUUAUAUGUAUUGAAGAGCCCUUUGAUGGGACAAACACUGCUAGAGCUGUACAUGAAAAACAGAAGUUUGAUUAUAUCAAAGAUGAAUUUUUCAAGUCUUGGCAGAUACUGCAAAACAAGAAAAACCUAAACUGUAUACUACCCUUAAGAGCAGCUAUACAGAAAAAAUAACCAACUUCUUUCAUUUUCUCCAUUUUGGAUCCUGCUGAAAUACAGAACAGUAUCAAAAUCAAAAUGCAGUUACACACAUGGAUUUUUUUAUGAUGUGCUUUUCUUGGUAAACUUUUGUUAAGGAAAUCUUUAUAAGACAGAAUACAUAUUUUAUUAUUGACACUUGUUAAUACUGCUGUUUAUUAAAAUGUGUUUUCUGAAAACACUUGUAUUGUUGACUUCUAGAAGAAACUUGUGACUCAAACAGCAGACUACAGGAAUAAAUGUAUUCUAAGGAGAUAUGGGGAAUGUACUGACUUGUUUCCAUAAUCUGUGUAAUCAUCAACUGAGACACAUUUAACAAUGAAAUAAAGGAAUUCAGAGCUAAUGAUGUAUGAGUCUGUAUCCUUAAGUCAUUGCACAUGUUACACUCUUGAUGAACAGACAGUCUGCUUUAUGUGUGCUUAAUGCAGUAUGCACUUUUGCUCAGCUCGGCACUUUCUGGUUUUAUUUCCCGUUUAUAUGGAAGAAAAGGCAACAAUUUAUGCAAAUUAAGAUCGAUUAUAUUUGUUAAUUUCUGGAUACCAAGAACUGUAAUCUAAACUGGAAUUUUCAAACAGUUCUACUACAAAGAAGUUGAAAUAAAAAAGGACAAAUCAAUUUAUAUAAAUGCUUUGUACUGACCAACUGUAAGCAAGAUAAUUUUCAGUGCUUCAUUUUACACAUUCAAAGUAGUAGUGGUGUCUGCUUAAAAAGCUCAACCCUACAACUGGUACAGUAAGCUGGGCUUUAGUUCUGAUUUUGUGAAAGUAUUUGUAAGUUGGUCAGGUACUGCAAAAUGAAUUUAAAUAAGUCUUGAAAAUUUCAAUAAUUUUGAAAAUUUUACCUUUUCCAAAUAAAAAAAUUUGUGAAACUUCUUUUAGACCUGCUGUAGCACAGUUUGUGCCUCUCAUUAGUUUGUUAUUAAAGACCAAUUAAUUGUCAAAACUGUACCUAUAAUUGAUGUCAAAAUCAUAUUUUCAUUUUUAAAGUUUAAUAUUUUGUACGGUGUCCAGUGUAAUAAAGUUUAUACAUGGUAAAUACA